GCACCGAGCGUGACGGGGAGAUACAGACCUGUUGUCGAGCACACCGCGGUCGGACACACACACACGGACAUGGAGGGCUGCACGGAGGAAGAAUACAAGGAAAAAUUAUUAUGGAACGUCAAACGAGAGGUGAAGCAGAUUAUGGAGGAAGCGGUGACUAAGAAAUUUGUCCACGAAGACAGCAGCCACAUCAUCGCUCUCUGCACUGCCAUUGAGGCCUGCCUGGGCCACCUGCUGAAGAGACGAGCUGCUGGGUUCCUCCGCAGCGACAAGAUAGCAGCCCUCUUCACCAAGGUCGGCAAAGUCUACGACACCGCUGGUGAGGUUUGCCGUAAAGUACAAGAGCAGCUCCAGCAGCAGGCUGAUCUUACCAGGAGAACCCAGAGUGUGGGCCAUGAACCCCUGAGGAGACAAGGCUCCUCCACUACCAGCCGCCCUCCUCAGCCCCUCUCUGCCCAGGCCAUCAAACACAUCUGGGUUCGCACAGCUCUCUUUGAGAAAGUUCUGGAUAAGAUAGUGCAGUACAUUGUGGACAACUGCAGUAAAUACUAUGAGAGGGAGGCUCUGAUGCAUGACUCAGUCUUUGGGCCCAUCUUGGCAGCCCUACUAGUGGGGCCCUGUGCUCUGGAGUACACCAAGCUGAAAACUUCAGAUCAUUUCUGGACAGACCCUUCAGCCAAUGAGCUGGUUCAACGUCAUCGUAUUCACGGGGCCCACCGGAGCCAAGAUGUCUUAGCCAGCCGCCGGCCUGCUCUGGGGAUCCGCAAGAGGCAGUCCAGUGGCAGCAUGUCAGAGGACAGGUUUGCUGCAUCAGCGAGGGAGUAUGUGGAGUCUCUUCACCAAAACUCCAGAACGCACCUUCUUUAUGGCAAAAAUAAUGUCCUUGUGCAACCGAAGAAAGACAUGGAGGUUUUACGGGGUUACUUGUCUCUUCAUCAAGCUGGGGAUAACCUCACUCUGAAGUGGACACCCAACCAGCUCAUCAAUGGCACACUGGGAGACUGUGACCUGGAGAAGAGUAUCUACUGGGAUUAUGCACUGACUGUUCCUCUGCGCCAGAUAGUAUGCAUCCACUGUCACCAACCUGACUGUGGGGGAACACUGGUUCUUGUCAGUCAGGAUGGGAUCCAGCGGCCACCUCUGCACUUCCCCCCCGGUGGUCACCUCCUGGCCUUUCUCUCCUGUCUGGAAACAGGCCUAUUACCGCGGGGUCAACUGGAACCCCCUCUCUGGUCCCAGAAGGGAAAGGGAAAAGUGUUCCCUAAACUAAGGAAGAGGAGUAGUGCUGCCAGGCUUAUGGACCAGGAAGGGAACGGUGAGGAGCAGUCAGCUGCUGACUACGUGUUUCGCAUCGUCUACCCUGGAUAUCGAUAUGAAGCCAACCACGGGGAGAUGAUGGAGAUGCAAGGCUUCGGAGGCAGCCCGUCGUCGUGGCAACAGACUGAAGUAACCACGCACGAGUCCCUGUGCCAGUCCUGCUCCACCGCUGGCAGCAACGUGUCCUUUGACUACGCAUCUGGGUGUACCUGCAUACAUGACCCAUCAGAUAUUCACACUAUUCCUCUUAAGAUGCUCUGCCAGAACAUGAAGCGGCAGAUAGUCUCCAGAGCCUUCUAUGGAUGGCUGGCAUACUGUCGCCACCUGUCCACAGUGCGGACUCAUCUGUCAGCUCUGGUCAACCACAACAUCGUCCCCCCAGACAGACCCUGCGAGGCAUCUGGGGGGCUCAGCAAAGAGGUGUGGAGCAAGUACCAGAAAGACUGCAAGAACUAUAAGGAGCUGGAGCUGCUCCGGCUGGUUUAUUAUGGCGGAGUGCAGCACGACAUCAGGAAGGAGGUCUGGCCUUUCCUGCUGGGACACUAUAAGUUCGGCAUGAGCAAAAAGGACAUGAGCAAGAUUGAUGCAAAGAUCAGCGAGCGCUACCAGCAGGUGAUGCGGGAGUGGAAGGCCUGUGAGGUGAUCGUCAAGCAGAGGGAGAAGGAGAUGCAGUCAGCCAUCUUUGCCAAGCUCUCCUCGGGCAGCAGCAUCGACAGCCACGUCCUGCGGCUCGUGCAUAGAGACUCCACACUCAGCAAUGAGGUAUUCAUGUCCGUAGAUGAGCCGGAUGCAGGAAGCCAGGAGACCCCCAGCGGAGAGGACAGUACACCCACAAUGACCAACUUGGUCCCACCCGCAGCUCUCCCACCAGAAGAGCGUCCUCUGGUAGAAUUUGAUUCCCCCGACUCAGGGCUCCCCUCCUCCAGAAACUACUCUGUGACCUCUGCUCACUCCCAGAUCCUGUCUAGCAUUGAUGAUGGUCAGAGCACAGAGGAGGAGGGUGGGGGUGGGGAGGAUGACAGGACUCCCAGUGAGCUGGUGGGGUGCCAUGACUCUCUGACAGAAGACAGGCUAUGCAGUCAGCUGGACAAACUGGUGACCAAUGGAGCAGCUGCUGAGGGGACGUCACCUUCACUCUCUUCCUAUACAAUCGAGUUGUUGGACACAGUUGCCCUCAACCUCCACAGGAUAGAUAAAGAUGUGCAACGCUGUGACCGCAACUAUUAUUACUUCACCACAAGCAACCUGGAGAAACUACGCAACAUCAUGUGCAGCUAUGUGUGGGAGCAUUUAGAGAUUGGCUACGUUCAGGGCAUGUGUGACCUCCUUGCUCCGCUCAUGGUCAUUCUGGAUGAUGAGUGCCUGGCCUACAGCUGUUUCACUCAGCUAAUGAAAAGGAUGAGUCAGAACUUCCCUAAUGGUGGAGCCAUGGACACACACUUUGCUAACAUGAGGUCACUAAUCCAGAUCCUGGACUCUGAGCUGUUCGAGCUGAUGCAGCAGAAUGGAGAUUACACUCACUUCUACUUCUGUUACCGAUGGUUUCUGCUGGACUUCAAGAGAGAGCUCCUGUACGACGAUGUGUUUGCAGUGUGGGAGGUGAUCUGGGUGGCUCCCAGGAUUUCCUCACAGCACUUUGUCCUCUUCCUGGCCUUGGCACUGGUCACAGUUUACCGUGAGAUCAUCAUAGACAACAACAUGGAUUUCACCGACAUUAUUAAAUUCUUUAAUGAGAUGGCUGAGCGUCAUGACGUCCAGCAUAUCUUGAAGAUAGCGCGUGACCUGGUGCACAAAGUCCAGUCUCUGAUGGACAACAAGUAACUGAUGAAGAAGGGAGAAAGAGGAAUGGGAGGAUGCAAAGGAAGAGUGUCUGACCCUGUUGGAAACUAGAUUCCUCCUCACGUCCCUCAGAGAAGGAGCAUUUCCUGCCUCCAUUUAUUCAGGCCACAACUGGUUGGUCGAAGUGUCCCCUUUAUCCAGAUGAAGGCCCCAGGAAUGGGGCGGGAGCGCUGCUGAUUAGGCCUGGCAUUGGAGCUCGGCCCAGAUCUGUUUACAUUAUCCUUCACAUGGAAUGCCCAUGGUAUCUGUUCGGACAUGUGGAUUUGUCUGCAUGCUUGUGAGUUUGAUCACACUGUGAACGCAUCCUUGAGUCUCCCCAGUCUUACAGAGUUUGUGUGCGUGCAUGACACACACACACACACACACACACACACACACACACACACACACACACACACACACACACACUAUUCUGGCUCUGUCAUGACUCAGUUUUCUAAAGUCGCACUCUUUUCCUCGACUCUGAACCAGAACAUGUUGGAUGCCUGUCAGGAAAGCUGAGGCUCUCAGUGUUUGGCAAAUGUGUUCCUCCAUGCAGUGCCAACUUUGGCCACUAGAGUGCAGGAUUUACUCACAGCAUUGUCAGAGGAGCAGAAGACUUAGCCACGAAGACGUUUUCAUUAGUGACCAAAUGGACUGUGCCAACUACCUUUUCAUGAGUGUUUUCUACAAGCAUGUGUGUUUUUAUCCCCCUCUUUUCUUUUUGUCUACAAGGUCAUUAUGACACAAAUGUUGCCUUUUUCAGUAACAGCCCAAGGUACUUACUUGCACUUUGUUGUGAGGGUGUCAUUCAUGGUUUCUGUGAAGGCCACACCACAGUCUGUGGUGGCCAGAGGAGCCUGCAAAAGGCCACUUUUUAGAAACUCAGGAUGAAUUGCAGCCAGCUUUUCUGAGCAUGUCAGUCAGUGAAGCAUGUUUAAUCCUCAAUCCAAAACAGAAGACCAGAGUUACAGCAGAGCACAACAGGAAAUGUAAGAGCACAUUUAAGGCCUUACUCCUUAUUCUGCCACAUUUAUCAAGGCCACAGCUACCUUUAUCACUGAUACUUAUGAGAUCUACACAUGAUCAUUCAUAGAAUACCAUAUUUGGUCAGUUUUAACUUUUCUUUUUUAAAACUCAAAAAGUGUUUAAGCUGUUUGCUUCCAUGAUCUCAUACUUCUAAAAGUGUGGCUCGGGUUAGAUUUCAGUUAGCCUACAAAAAAUGACCGAAUUUUAAAGGCAGUAAAACAAAAUGACUAAAGGACGAUUGAAAACAUUUACUGUUCAUUAAAAAGCAUCAUUCAGUUCAAUUCAGUUUUAUUUAUAUAGCAAGAAAUUACAGCAGUCACCUCAAGGCGCUUUGUAUUGUGGGUAAAGACCCUACAAUAAUU